UGAUGUCAUUCUGUCUUUAUUAUUCAUUAAUUCCCACGAUCAAAGCAUUACGAUAAAUGUUAGUUGUUACUUUAGGUUAUAAUUGCAACGCCAGACGAGCGUCGUAAUUGGAAAGAGUUCAAGCUGAAUCAAGUCAUACGACGAGCUUACGAUAGCGAUUACGACGAGCGUUACGACCGCUUACGAUAAACAUUACAAUAGAUGUAGUUGUAGCCUCACACGACAAUAGAUGGUAAUAAAAAAUUAAAAUCAAAAUUUCGAGCGCAAAAAUAUCGCCAGAUGAAAAAAUUUAAACGCCAUUAUUUGUCAUUAUUUGAAGAAGAAAAAUACGAUACAUGUAAUAAACCAAUUACUAGCGGUACAACAUCAGAAGAUCACACGGAUGAUGUAAAUGUAAACGUAGGAGAAGGUUUGAGUGAUUCCGAUGGAAGUAAUUCAGAAACAACAUCAGAAGAUCAUAUGAAUGACAAUAUAAACGUAGGAGAAGUGUUGAGUGAUUCCGAUGGAAGUGAUUCAGAAACUUACAUUGUAAAUGAAGAAAUCGAUAAUAACGAUAGCGAUCAGAGUGAUGUGGACGAGCAUAAUAUAAUAGAUGUAGAAGAAAUUGAAGAAAUAUCGAAACUACGGGUGUGGGCUAUUGAAU